AUGGUGGGCGCCGCCUGUGCCGUGUCUCGCGGUGUCUGUCCCUCUGAGGAACCCCAUCCCUUGCAGGUGAAGAGGAAGCUGAACUUGGGGACGGAUCACCAGUACAUAGCAGAGAGCCUGCCGGUGGGCCGGGGCAAGGCCAGGAACCCCACUAAAGGGGCAAAGUCUCCCGGGGAGAAGUCCCGCUAUGAAACCUCGCUGAACCUCACCACCAAGCGCUUCCUGGAGCUGCUGAGCCAGUCGCCCGAUGGCGUGGUAGACCUCAACUGGGCAGCUGAGGUCCUGAAGGUGCAGAAGAGGCGCAUCUACGACAUCACAAAUGUCCUAGAGGGCAUCCAGCUCAUCACCAAGAAGUCCAAGAACAACAUCCAGUGGCUGGGCAGCCAGGCCACCGUGGGGCGGACCGCCCCCAUCCAGACGUGCACAGUGCAGCUGCGCCUGCUCACAGAGGACCCCGCCAACCAGCACACAGCCUACGUGACCUGCCAGGAUCUCCGCAGCAUUGUGGACCCCGCGGAGCAAAUGGUGAUGGUUAUCAAAGCCCCCCCAGAGACCCAGCUGCAGGUCUCAGACCCAGCGGAGGCUUUCCAGGUCUCUGUUCGAAGCACUCAGGGCCCCAUCGAUGUCUUCCUCUGCCCCGAGGACAGCUCAGGGGUCUGUAGCCCUGUCAAGAGCCCCUUCAAAGCCCCCCCAGAGGAGUCAUCCCCCGGCCAUUCGCAGCCCAGAGCCUCCCCGCUCCUGCAUCCCGCCCAGGACAUGAACAUGCCGCUGCUGCUCGGAGAGCAAGAGACGCUACUGCCGGGGACGAGUGCACUGCCCGGCAAGUGCCCAGCAGAGGAGGUGAGCCUCUCACCGUUGGCCUCCAUGGAUUCUCUCCUGGAGCAGAGCAGGGAGGAUUUUUCGGGUUUCUUGGCGGACGAAUUCACCACCCUGUCGCCGCCACAGGCACAGGAUUACCACUUUGGCCUGGAGGAGGGCGAGGGCAUCAGCGAGCUCUUUGACUGCGACUUUGGGGACUUCACACCCUUGGACUUCUGAGGCUCUGCCAGGACGCUCGCGGGGGAAGCUGCCAGGCAGGGGGGCCCACCCCAGGCUCCUGCCCUCACAGGCAGGGCAGGCAGCCCCUCCAGCUCUUGUCCCCGUCUGUUUUUGCAAUAUUUUCUUCUUACCCCUCUAGCCGCCCCCUCAGCCUGGUGAGGGCCUGCGGCAUCCCUGGCUCCAGCCUCACACGGGGGAUGCCAGGGUGGGGGUCCCAUCUCAAGGGAUGCCCUGUGGGGCCCUGUUUAUGGAGGGGGGCUGCCGGGGGCAGGGCCGCUGCCUGCCCCUGCCCCAGGUGCCCGUUACAGAGCUUUAAACAGUCCUGUGUAUAGAUUUGAUUAAUUUAUUAUU